CUCCUCCCUCCAUUCUCUCCUCCCUCUGUCAUUCUCUCUCUGGCUGUCGACAUUACACACUCUGAAGUCUGGAACCAGCCAGUAGGAGCCUGCAUGUUCUGUGCUGCGCUUUCUGCUUUCCGGUCAGAAGCAGGGUGGAGACGGGUUUUUCCGACUUUCUGGGGGUUCUACGCAGCUAUUUUCGUACAUGACUACUGUCUUCCUCCUGUCCUAAGGAUGAAAAGGUGAAUCUCCUCUGAUUGCAGUGAUGGCAGUGUAGGCUGGCAUACAGAUGUGGUUCGGGGAGAAGUUUGACACGCCCCUGCAGAGUCCACGCAGCCCAUUGACGCUGCGCCAUGGGCCGGGCUUAGCCGAUGUCUUCCAGUAUGACCAGUGGCUGGCCGUGCGCCACGAAGCCACACUGGUACCCAUGCAGGAGGACCUGGCCAUCUGGCUCACCGGGAUGCUGGGAGAGGAGGUGAGAGCGGAGAACUUCAUGGCGGAGCUGAACAACGGUGUGAAGCUGUGUCGGCUAAUUGGAGCUCUGCAGAGCAGGAUCUCUCAGAGCAGGGCCUCGGAUAUGGGCAAGUUGUUUCCCAUGAAGAAGGUGGCAUGUAAGUGCAAUGCCUCUCCAGGGUCCUUUUUCGCCCGCGACAACACUGCCAACUUCCUGGGCUGGUGUCGCCACAUAGGCGUGGAGGAGACGUACCUGUUUGAAUCGGAGGGCCUAGUUCUGCACAAGGAUCCCAGGCAGGUGUGUCUGUGUCUGCUAGAGAUCGGCCGCAUCGUCUCCAAGUAUGGGGUGGAGCCUCCGGUGCUGGUCAAACUGGAGAAGGAGAUUGAGCUGGAGGAGACCCUUCUGAAGACGACAGAGCCUGCUACUGCAGUCAAAACCUUCACUGUGUGCUGCCAGCAUGGGGGCCUCUACCAGCCUGGGGAGCAACAUCUGACGGACGAGCCUCCGUGUAACUGCUCCCAGAGAGUAUCUAUUGAAUACCUGUCAGAGGGCCGUUACAGACUGGGAGACAAGACCCUCUUCAUCCGGAUGCUGCAUGGGAAGCAUGUGAUGGUGCGUGUGGGGGGUGGCUGGGACACCCUAAGGGGUUUCCUGCUCAAGUACGACCCUGGCCGGGUGCUCCAGUUCACCACUCUGGAGCAGAAGAUCCUGGCAUACCAGAAGGGUCCACUGGUCCACGGCUCUGCAGCAGCAGCCCCUCCACCUGACAUGGACCCUCUCGCUGCAGUCAACCUCAUCCCCUCGUCUUCCUCCUCGUCUUCCUCUGGUUCGGCCUCCAAAGCCACCUGCACCCCCGUCUCGACCCCUACUCUGCCCAGGAAAGCAGCCGCAGCACCCAAAAAGAUCCUGCAGAUGCCCCUUCCCUCCCCCAAGAAGCCCACCCAGAAACCCUUGCCAAUCCCCAAGAAGUUGGCUGCUGUGUCGCCCACCCUGUCUUCGCAGCAGGGCCCAAGUCCUUCCAUUCACAGUGGCAAGAACCAGCAGACGGCACCACUGCUCCAUUCCUCUUCUUCCCCAGCUGUGGCUCCUUCUGCCCCCAAGCUGAAGCUCAGGCCGUCCCCUCGCGGCGCCCUCUCCCAGCCUCGUAGCCCUGUGUGCCCCGAGCCCUCCUGUAAAUUUCCUAAACCCUCCUCCACUCCAUCCACCCACACCUCCAUCACAGUGCCACGCCCCGCCACAGCCCCAUCAAGGGUCCCCUUUCAGAAAGAGGGCCGACCCCCAACCGGCGCCACUCAACGCCGCCUGUCUCAGAGGCGGCCCGCCUCCCCGGCCUCGCGCCUUCGUCCGGAUGCUGCCAGACGGGUCCGUCCAACCCCCCGUGUGACUGUGCAAACACCCAGGCCGGCAACGGCCCAACCCACCAGGACACUAACCCCUACCCCCAGGACUGCCACAACAGCCCUGCCCAAAUCCACCAUCUCGCUCCCCAAGAGCAAAGACACCACAGACAAAAGCCAGGCCCAAACCAGGGCCGUCCCCAAAGUGGUUGUGCCUCUACGUGGCGGCACCACUGGGCGGUUACAUGGGGUCCCUAGUGGCUCUACCGCUGUUGGCAAGACCAACCAGAGAACGGUACCAACUGCCCAGAGGGCAGUACGGAGGCAAGCGCCCUCUGCCAUCACCCCCUCUCUCAAACCGCUGCCCACCAAAACGGCCCCCCAAAAUACCAGCCCCAACAUCAAAGCCCUCCCUUCCCAAAAGAACACUGCUCUCACGAAGAAGACCCAACUCAAGAACAAAAGCGAGGACCCUUAUUUUGAAAUGAACGGCAGAAGGCAUCAGAAGACGUGAGACGUAGUUGGGGGACAUAGUAAUGUGAUGGGGAAGGACUGUACUGUCCUACUGAACAUUAGUGCUUCCAUCACGGUAUUUGUCUGAAUAAGUCCCCAACCAGGAUUUAGCAGAACACCAAUGUCCACACAAAUGUAUACCCAACCAGGUAUAGAUGCAGCAACUGUCAACACACAAGCUAGUGUUUAACUUUCAAAACGCCAUUUGCACCGCUCCCAUUUUUACAUUUGUUUCUCAGUUGGUCAGAUUUUUUUUAAUGUUACUUACUUUGUCUCAUUUAAUUGUCCUGUUGUCAAAAGUUCAUGCUUCAAUAGCAUUUGACAAUUUUUUAUGCUGUCUUUGAAUGGGUUGAGAAGUGAAUGAUACUGAUUUUAUCUGAGGUCUUUUGUUUUCUUAUCCUUUUUCUAUCAUUUUGAGUGUUUUUGAAAGCUUUCUAACAUCUAUUCGUAUGUCUUGAGGUUCUCUACAGAGGGCUCCAUCUUUGUCCAUCUGAUCUGAUACAUAUUUUUCUCUGCAUAUAAAAGUUAUACUUUUUAAACAUUGGCAUUUUCUUUUCAGAAAGGGUCAUUUCUGUGCAAAGCAGAGCUAACUAAGGCAGCACACUUUGAAAAUGUUAAUUAUUCAUUACAAAGCAGGUUAUUGUAACCACAUUUUUGACAGGAAAUAUAACUGGACUGUAUGUUUGUCCUCGGUGUGGAUAAGCUUUUCAUUGAUGGAGGUUUGAUUGAAUAUAUACAUUUGUUUUACUUUGUCACAGACUGGAUGAUGAUGAUGGGGUGUUUUCCAUUUUAGAGGUCAAAUUAAGCACUGUUGGAAUGUUUCUCGUGUGCCUUUAGAAAUGACUGUUGCUGAGUGGUGUUAGAAUGUACUAGAAACUAGGGUUUUAAUAUUUUUUUUACAAAUGAAAAUUGCACAAAAUACAAGCGCUCGGGCCGAGUUUUUUUUACAUUUUAUUUUGUAUUUUUUUAUUACAUGGUCAAAUGAAUUACUACUGAUAAUAUGCCUGUUACACGCCCUUUGAACUCGUAGAGUCGAUGGCAACUAAGGGACAAGCAAAGCCAUUAAUCAUUUUCCAGAGGCGGAAGUUAUCGUGAGGUAGAUUUUAAUUUGUUUUGUCAUCUGAGUCUUUUCAUUGAUCAUAUUUUUACUUUUCUAUGUGGUUUUCAUGUCUAAGUUACUUUGUCUGUUUUCUUGGUCAGCACUUUAUGAAAACCUCUUGGUGCGUUUGUCACUUUGGAUGUUGAUUCUGUUGAUUUGUGUUGUCUGAUCUACCUUUGUUACAUUGUCCAAUAAAAGGCCAUACGUUGGCAGACUUCCUGCAAAA